AUGACUUUGCCUUUUUAAAAAAAUAUCUAGUUUAAGCAUUUCGUGGCUUAUUCUCAAAUCACCAACUCUAAUGUUUAAUGUUUAAUUUAGAAGAGUUUCAUUACAUACCUGAAAUUAAAAUUCUUAUACAACUACUUAAAAAUUAGAAUUACAUGUUCAAAUUCUUAAGAAUUAGGUCUAUGCAUUAAAAUAAUAAACAUCUUAAUUAGAAUUGAAUAUUUAGAGAGAAAGUUGUACUUAAUUUAUUAAUGAGUUAGUAAACUUAAUUUUAAGACUUCUAAAAUUAUAUUGAAAGAUAAUUAACAACUAUAAAAAUAAGUAAUGUUGAAAUAAAAAGGAAUGACAAGAUCAAAAAGUUGUAAAAAUAAUAUGAUAAUUUAUUAUAAUAAUUUGAAUAGUUUGAUUGUUAGAAAUCAAAAGUAUUAGAUUAAAUGAAUCAAAUAUAUAAGAUUGAAAAUUUGGUAAUGGAUCAAGAAGAAAAGAUUAUUGGAUUGAUAAUAGAGAAUGAAAAGUUGAAUUAAAAGAUUUAAGAAGAGAUGAAGAUAGAUUAGAAUAUAGAAUUCUUAUACUCAGAAGUAUAAUAAAACUUGCUUAUAUAUAAAAAUCGAUUCAUGAAACAUUUUAAUAUUUAUUUAAAUAUGAUAUGGAAUUUAUAUUAAUUUAUACUACAAAUUAAGACGAGAAAGUAAACAAAAAAUUAUAGAGUAAUGAGUAAGGAAAAAGUAAUUGAAAUAUAAAAGAAAUUCUAAUUUACAGAAUUUUAUACUAAAAAUCACAAGCAAAUUUAUUCAAAAGCGAUUGCUGCGAAUGCUAAUAAGAUUAUGUAUAAACUAAAUAAUCGAUAUAAUAGAAUGUUUUAUUGUAUCGAUUAUAAUUAUUUUAUUUUAUUUUCUUUAUAUGUUUAAGGAUAAAUAAAAUUAGAAAAGAUACUUAAUAAAAAGUAAUUAGUUGGCAAAUGUUGA